GGGGCGUAGUCUUUGCAGAGGCAUCCGUCAGCCAAUCAAAUCGCUUCCCGCUACAACAGCAAAGCCGGCGGGUUCUUUCCGCUUCUUCCUGCUUGUUGUGUUGUCAUUGCACGAUGGAUCCCGUUGUAGCAAGGAUGGUGUUGGUUCAGGUUGCUGGUGCUUUGGUCCACCGACGUGGAAAGCAAGUGCAUCGGCGUUGGUGGGUUCACCCCAUUCUCCGGACACGCAACCAGAGAGGGGAGUAUCACGCACUUGUGCAGGAGUUGCGUCUGGAUGCACUCCUUUUCCAUCAAUAUUUUCGGAUGCCUCCGGACUACUUCGACGAGUUGCUUGGCAAGGUCGGUCCUCUCAUUACCAUGGCAGACACACGGUUUCGUUCUGCAAUUGGCCCUGCCGAGCGACUCGCCAUUUGCCUACGGUAUCUUGCCACUGGCGAUUCCUUUCACACGAUUGGCUUCAGCUAUCGUGUGGGCACUUCGUCAGUGUGUAGGAUAGUGCGGGAGGUAGCCAGUGCCAUCUGGACUGCUUUGGUGGAGGAGGAGAUGUCUGUUCCCAAGAGGGCGGACUGGAGCACCAUGGCCGAGCAGUUUGAGUGGCGCUGGAACUUCCCCAACUGCAUCGGAGCGAUUGAUGGGAAGCAUGUUGUGAUACAAGCUCCAGGUAACUCUGGCUCCUUGUAUUACAAUUACAAGGGCACCUUCUCCCUGGUCCUCCUCGCCGUAGUGGACGCCGACUACCUCUUCCGGGUUGUGGAUGUUGGAGGCUACGGCAGGACGAGUGACAGCGGCUCCCUCCGUAACUCCGCGUUUGGGGAAGCUCUUCGCGAUGGCACCCUUGACCUCCCUCCGGCCCGCGUCAUCUCCGGCGCAGAGCAGCGGGGGCCACUUCCUCACGUGUUUGUGGGGGAUGAGGCGUUCCCACUCAUGACCAACCUGCUGCGGCCAUUCCCUGGACAACAUCACACUCAGGAGAAGCGAGUGUUCAACUACCGCCUCAGCCGGGCUCGGCUGGUAGUGGAAUGUGCCUUCGGGAUCUUGGCAUCUAGGUGGCGCAUGUACCGGCGCGUGAUUGGCACCAGUCCUGAGGUAGCUGAGGUGUGUGUGAGGGCCACCUGUGUGCUGCACAACUUUCUCGAGAGGAAGAAGCUGCAGGGGAGAAGACGCGGGGUGGAACCGAACAUCGAGCCAUCGACUGAUCCUGAAGCCCUGCGUGAUGCACCCAGGAUGGGCUCCAACAACGCCAGCAGACUGACCGUCCAGAUGCGGGAGGCCUACUGUGCGUUCUUCAACGAGGAGGGUGCAGUGCCAUGGCAGCCAAGAGCCUAGCAACACAAAGGCUCUUCAACCAAACAGCUCUUUUAAGAGCUACCCAUAUCUUAAGAAAAGAAGCAUAUUCCAACUACACCUGCACCUUCCUAUACCUGCGUAUACAUUGUACAUUUGCUCAAGGUUAAGUUUUAAAAGUAAAUGUAAUAAUGAUUUGGUUUUGUUUUUCACAGAUGACCCGAGCCAGCUUUCAAGAAUCCCUAUUGUCUUUAUGCAAGUGUACUGAAUAAUUAUUAAUGUGCUAAUAUUAAUAUAACAUAAUUCCACUUCCAAAUUAUAAUGUAUUAUAAAUGUAUUAUAAAAGGAACACAUCACAAUCAAAGUAAAUUUUUUUUUAAUUAAGAACACACAGAACAACAGAACAACAGAACGACAGAAACACCAUAAUUUAACACCAUAACAAACAUAACCUCACGCACUCAGUCACUCACUCACUCACUCACUCACUCACUCACUCACUCACUCACUCACUCACUCACUCACUCACUGUCAUUCUCCCUAACCUCCCCCUGUAGCGCCGCCAUAUCUGCCCUCGAGACGAUCUGGUACACCUCGUACCGCACUUGGGCUCUAGUCGCACUGGAGAGCCUUCUCAUGGCUGGGAGGAGGGACAUAAAGAAUGCCUCGUCCUCAGAGGGGGGCUGCGGCUGUGGCUGUGGCUGUGGCUGUGGCUGUGGCUGUGGCUGUGGUUGCGGCUGUGAGGCCAGUGUAGCCAGCGGCUCCAGGAAUGCCAGCAUGCCCUGCUCAAAGGAGGACAUCUCUGGCCUCCGCCGCUUUCUACCCCUGCCCUCUUCUGGGGGCUGCACGUGCCACUGGCUCCUACCCACAGGUCCACCCACAGGUCCACCGUCCG